AUGGAAAAGGAUCGAGUUGCUAGAUCUUGCAACUCCCCUCCUUAUUUUGACGGUAAUAACUACGCUGCAUGGAGAGAAAAAUUUGAGAUAUUUCUUGAUGCUCUUGAUGAGUAUGCAAGUGAGUAUCUCACAAAAGAGUGGGUUGCUUCGGUCAAGACUGUUUUUGGUGAGGUUGUACCCAAACCUAGGUCAGAAUGGACUGAAGCUGAGAUGUUUGGUGCAUAUUCAAACAAGAAGGCCAGAAAUGCCUUAGUUACAGCUUUGUCUAGCACACAAUUUGCACAUAUACAACACAUCCCUAAUGCUAAACAAGCUUGUGAUAAACUAAGGGUGGUUCAUGAAGGGGAUGACCAAGUUAGAACCCUAAAACUUCAGAUGGUGCUUGCACAAUUUGAAGAACUUAAGAUGUCUAAAACUGAGUCUAUUUCUGAGUUCUAUGGGAGAGUUGAGAUGAUCACAAAUGAAGCCAUGAGUCCAGGUCAACCCAUUGAAGAGCUUCUUGUUGUUCAGAAAAUUUUUCGUGUUCUACCAUCUAGGUUUAGAGCAAAGAAAACCGCAAUCAUGGAGGUCCAAAAUUUAAAUGAAAUUAAGCUUGGCAAACUUGUAGGAAAAUUGAAAACCUAUGAGAUGGAAUUGAAUAUGGAAGAAAAUGACUCCAAAAAAUCAAAAAGUGUUGCACUUCAAGGAGUGCAUGUUUCCUCUCUGAAAGUUGGUGAAAAAUCCUCAGGUUUUGAGGAUGAGAUGGCCUUGUUUGUCAAAAAAUUUAGGAGAAUUCUUAAGGAUAAGGGAAAGUUUGCUAGAGAGGGCAGCUCUGGUAGUGAGAAACUGUUUAGACCAUCAACUGAUCGAAAAUCUGUCAAGUGCUUCACAUGUGGAGGCAUUGGACACUAUGCUGCCGACUGUGCAAACAAUCAGAAGAAAUACUCCAAAGGAAAGGACAAGGCCAUGAAAUUGAGUGACAAAUUUGAGUCUCUAGAAAAAGAAAGUGAUGCUCUUGUGUCAAUUAGGAGUAACCUUGAGAAUCAAGUUAAUGUGCUCAAGGAAAGUAACAUUGGUUUCCAGAACUCAAACAAACAGCUCCUAGGUGAAUUGAAUGAAGCAAAUAGGAAGAUUAUAUCUAUGACCAUUGGUGCUUCAAAAAUUGACAAAAUGUUGAAUAUGGGAAAAGUUCAUGGGGACAAAGGUGGUCUUGGAUUUAAUCACUUUGGUUCUAGUUCGUCUAGUUUUACCACUAAGUUUGUCAAAUCAGAAACUCCAGUCACUGUACCUCUUGAUGUUUAG